UCGCCUCUGUCGUCUCCAUUACGAUAUAGCUUGUUAAGUAGCCAACACAUGUUCCCCCCUUGCUUAAGAUAGGAGCUACAACGCAACAACACCGUUGCUCUAAAAAAAGAAACUUUCGCAAUGCACCACUAGGACAUGUCUGUGUCCGAAUUCGCAAGCAAGCCGGCAGGCAGACAGUCGUCAUACGGUUUUUACCAAACAGCUAGCGCCCAGGACUGCCUUAGUUGACCGCACCACUCACACGCCUUGCGCGCUGCUCCUAUCUGGCGUCCUAUAUAGAGAGACCCCCUCCCCUCCCCUGCAUGGACAGACACCGCCGCCUUCAACCUCCCUCCCUCCUGUCUCCUGCUCUUGUUGCACCUCAAGAAAGAACUCGCACUCUACCACAAGCCCUUCCUUCUCUCCCCUCUUCCAGUUCCAAGCUUCCUAACUGCCCACCACCAACCUGCCAAACUCCAUCCUUUCGGUUGGUUGGGUUGGGUUGUUGAAUUAUAAAUUGAACAAGAGCCAGCCGGCCGGCCGACCACCAUGAAGCCAUCACUGGAGCACUGCUUCAAGCUGCUGCUCCUGCUGGCGCUCGGCGGGGUGACCAUGCACGUGCCCGACGCCGAUGUCCUCUCCUCCCUCGGGGCGCUGCGCCUCUACGGCCAUUUCAGCUUCCACGACGCCACCGCCAUGGCGCGGGACUUUGGCAACCGGUGCAGCCUGCUGCCGGCCACCGUGCUCCACCCCGGCUCGGUGUCCGAUAUCGCCGCGACCGUGAGGCACGUCUUCUCCCUGGGCGAGCGCUCGCCCCUGACCAUCGCGGCGCGCGGGCACGGGCACUCGCUCAUGGGCCAGUCCCAGGCUGCCGGGGGGAUCGUGGUCAGGAUGGAGUCGCUCCGGGGUGACAGGCUCCAGGUCCACGACGGCAGCAUGUCACCCUUUGUCGAUGCCCCAGGAGGAGAGCUCUGGAUCAACGUGCUUCACGAGACCCUCAAGUACGGCCUGGCGCCCAAGUCUUGGACCGACUAUCUCCAUCUCACGGUCGGUGGCACGUUGUCUAACGCGGGGGUCAGCGGGCAGGCGUUCCGCCACGGACCGCAGGUCAGCAAUGUCAAUCAACUGGAGAUUGUGACAGGAAGAGGAGAUGUUGUUACCUGCUCGCCCGAGGAGAACUCUGAUCUCUUCUACGCUGCUCUUGGCGGUCUCGGUCAGUUCGGGAUCAUCACCAGAGCAAGGAUUGCUCUUGAGCCUGCUCCCAAGAUGGUGAGGUGGAUCAGAGUUCUUUACUCGGAUUUUGCAAGCUUCACCGAGGACCAGGAGAUGCUGAUCAUGGCAAAGAACACCUUUGACUACAUUGAAGGUUUUGUCAUCAUAAACAGGACAGGCAUCCUCAACAACUGGAGGACGUCCUUCAAGCCACAGGACCCAGUCCAAGCAAGCCGUUUUCAGUCGGAUGGAAGGGUUCUAUACUGCCUUGAGCUAACUAAGAACUUCAACAGUAACGAUGCUGGUACCAUGGAACAGGAAGUUACUGCACUACUAUCUAAACUUCGAUACAUCCGGUCUACUCUAUUCCACACCGAUGUCACGUACCUGGAGUUCUUGGACAGGGUGCACACCUCUGAGGUGAAGCUGAGGGCACAAGGCCUCUGGGAAGUUCCACACCCUUGGUUGAAUCUUCUAAUCCCAAGGAGCUCAAUCCACAGAUUUGCUAAGGAAGUCUUUGGCAAGAUCCUGAAAGAUAGCAACAAUGGUCCCAUACUGCUUUACCCAGUGAACAAAUCAAAGUGGGACAACAGAACGUCAGUAGUCAUACCAGAUGAGGAAAUUUUCUACUUGGUGGGGUUCCUUUCUUCAGCACCGUCUCUCUCAGGUCAUGGCAGCGUAGCACAUGCAAUGAACCUGAACAACCAAAUAGUAGAGUUCUGUGAAGAGGCCGAUAUUGGGAUGAAACAGUAUCUGGCACCCUACACCACACAGCAGCAGUGGAAAGCCCACUUUGGAGCAAGGUGGGAGACAUUUGAACGGAGGAAACACACGUAUGAUCCCCUAGCAAUCCUAGCACCAGGACAGAGAAUAUUCCCAAAGGCGUCAUUGCCGUUGUCCUUGUGACAGUUCCUGCUAUUUAAAGGCUUUUGUAGAGCAUAUGUUGUACAAAAGUGUAGGUAAAAGAAUCCCUGUAAAGACAAUAUCUACGGAAGGUAGCUAGCCUGAAGAACACAGCAUAGCGACUUUUUAGUGCCCGGAGAUACCUCAAAGCAGUACUUCAAAGUGGAGCAGCGUCACCUGAACUCUGACUGGUGAAUGCAACUUUGGAGGCAAUCAUUUGAGGAUUAUAGUGGUCCAAGUAACACGAGGAACCCAGCUGUUGUUACAGCGUUAGAUAUGAGCUGUGCUGAUCAACUGAUCACUAACCAGAGUCCCAAGGAACUCAUGUGGAGUUGUUUGCAUUUUCAGUUAACAACAGUGCAGUAGUAUGAGUGUAGACCCUUGAUUAGCAAAUAACACUUCCUGUUAUUUCACAUGUAACUAGCCUAUCAUCUCAGGAGUGCCUGCAUAAAUGCAGCAGAUUACUUUAGUCUAUGACUCAGAAUUAAUAUUA